UGCAAAGUAAUUAUUAACAUUUAAUUUAAGUAAGAUUUCUCCUUUACGACUUAGCGUAUCAUGUUACGUCAAAUUUUCACCCUUCGUUCCUCAGUUCACGUACAAGGAUCGUGUUAUAAUGAAAUGAACGAUAAGAGCGCGCGCAAUGUGAAGUGGAAGCAGAAAAGAAAGUAACGAGGUAAGAUUCAUAAGUGAGGUUAGGUGGUUAGGUGAUACAAUUGGGAGGCUCGAGCGCCUCGAAAUUCAUAUGCUCGUUUGUAAUCUGUUCACGAUCGAGCCGCCGAAGUGACAUACGCGUGAUUUAGAACGUCGAAAAGUGCCAGCUGACGGGAACUAGACCAGAAAUUGACAGGGUUGGGUUAUCAACCCUUGCUACGCAUCAACAAUUAUGUUCCCGAAGAACGUCAAGACGACGCUGUUGUGCGGCCCGAAAGAGUUGAGCAAAUCUUUCAUGUUCGAGGCCGCGACGUACUGGGCGGAGGAAGGACAACGCGUCGUUUACAUCACCCCGAUGCCUCUGGAAAGACGACCGGCGGCCUGCCACGACAGAAGAGAUCCAACGGUCGUCGCUCUCAAACUAAUGAGAUUCAUAUAUUUGCAGGAUUACAAGGCUCUCGUGGAGCAACUUUUUCAACUGCAUACCUAUGCAGCCGUACCCUCCGUGCUUCUGAUAGACUUGGACGAUUACCCCGACGGCUUGGAAGCAGCUGGGAACGACUCGAGCAUGCACGUCGCCAGAAUCUGUGCCUUGAUACUACAUGCGAUGAAAUCGUGCUCGCGGAUUUUGAAAAAGAAUGUACAUGUAUGUGCAUGGACCAGUUCGAGCCUCAUCAAUAACCCUAUUCAAACAAUAUACUUUCGCAAUAUCUGGAGUUUAACGGAGAAUGAAGAUGGGACGGUGAUAACAGUGGAAAAGAUUUCUAUUAGAUCACCGGUAGAACAAUCGUACGUGUAUCAUAAAUUCGAAGACGGGAUGCGCAUUCUUCAACAAGUAUUGUGCGAUUCAGCGGAGGCUUAAUAGUGUUUCUGAUAGGACAUGUUUGCGCAAAGAUAUCUUUAAAGAGAAACAGAAAUUAACGAGGAAGAAAGGGAGAUCGAGAGAGGAAGCUGGAGAGCGGCAGGAAAAGGAAUGGGACAGCGAUGGAAAGGGAGAAGAGGAAGGGAAGAAAGAGAAAAGCAGAAUACCACUGUUGCGUGCACUGCGAAUGAAACUAAAAAGAAAAAGUAUUUUUCCUAAUUCUCUCUCUCUCUCUCUCUCUCUCUCUCUCUCUCUCUAGCGUGAAACAUUCGUAUAAGGCAUUUUAUCAUUUCAUAAUACACUGAUUACCCGUGCGAAAUGUAGACGACAAGCGCAAAGUGACAGAAAGUAAAAAAAGAAGGGCAAGUAGAUAUGUUGCAUGUAUGUACAUAUGUACAUACGAGCGCGGUAUUGUUGACACAGCGAUAAUCAGUGGAGCUUCGUCGGCGGAGUCGGAAGCUGUGUCAACAACAUGGCGCAACCAAUCGAGUCCGCUUUCCCUUUGCCCCAUGCCGCUCCUCUUCGCGCGAGCAAAUAACUCUAGAUAUCCGAUCUAGCUGUUAAUAAAACCCGGAGCGUUCGACCCGUGCUCGCUUUGAGAACGCGUCUCAAUUGAAAUAUCAAUUAAUGCGAGAACGAGCGCGUUGACGAACACGCAACGUAUCAAAUCCGCAUAAAUGUUAAACGACCUGAAAAUCUUCAUAUCCACGUUUUGCUUUUCAAUUAAUUCUCUCGAAGUUGCAUUCACUUAGCUCACGUUUCCGUUCUCGUUGUAAUUUACUUUGAAUUAUUUGUCUAUUUAGCACACGCUUGGUGUGUAUACAUGUAAUUAUAUAUUUUUGAAUUAAAAGUUUUUUACCGAAUCGCGCUCUCUUUUAAUUUCAAGAUAAUCGCCUUAGAUGACUCUGUCGAAUGAAGGCAAAGCUCGAUGCGAGGGAUCGCGUUUUCUAUACGCGUCAUUUUACUUCGGUUUGUAACGAUAACCGGUCGUUCGUGCUCGUUCCACACAGCACAGAAAGAUUGCAGGAAGAUUGCAGAAA